UAGGACAAAUUAAUUUCAUAAAUUAUUACUAUAUACUCAAAACAACUCAUACAUUGCUAAAUAAUUCAUUCUACACCCAAUUGCUACCUAAUUAGCAUCACACUUUCUUACUAAAAAUCUAAAAUCGAUUUCCAAUUUUCAUUUUCACAAAUCCAAACACUCUCUUUCUUUUCUCUCACUCACUCACUCACACACACAUGGCUUGUUCAUGUCUCUGCUCUCCAAAAUUCCUAGCAAUUAUAGUACUUCUCACAUCCAUCCCAAUCGGCAUAAUCAUAUCUCUAGAACGAACACAAUCACAAACUCAUGUAUACCAUUAUCACACUAACGGUGGUGGUUGGUUCAGAGAAUGCGCUAAAUGGGAUUCGGAUAAUAACCGUUUUAUAGUAUCUUUUUUUGAAGGCGGUAUUGGUCAAAUUUCAGUGCCUGAUGAGAAGAAGGAAUUAACGGAAAGAGUUUUGGAAGAAGAAAUAAUAGUGAAAGAAACGGAGUUAGCAGGAAAUGCGUCGUUAGGUUUCACGAUUGAUCGGAGUAGGAAUCGGAUUUUAGUUGUAAACGCUGACGUUUUGGGAAAUCGUUAUAGUGGUGUUGUUGCUUAUGAUCUUUCAACGUGGAAACGCCUCUUUCUUACCAAACUUUCUGGUUAUGGUGAUGAGAAAUCCUUUGCAGACGAUGUUGCAGUUGAUGCAGAAGGCAAUGCAUAUAUUACUGAUGCAAAAGCAAGUAAAAUAUGGAAAGUUGGAGUUAAUGGAAACCUUAUAUCAGUAAUUAGAAGUCCAUUGUUCACUCCAAAAGAAUGGUACAAAACAUUAGUUGGACUUAAUGGAAUUGUUUACCACCCAGAUGGAUUCUUGAUAGUAAUUCACACUUUUAGUGGUAAUUUGUUCAAGAUUGAUUUAACAAAAGAAGAAGAUCAAGUAAAGAUAAUUAAGGUUAUUGGAGGGCCACUUUAUUUUGGAGAUGGAUUAGAGUUACUGUCUCCUAAUAAAGUGGUAAUUGCUGGUAGUAAUCCUUCUGGGAGAUUAGUAGAGAGCUUAGAUGGAUGGAAUACAGCUUCUGUUGUGGCAACAUUUUCAGGGCCUAGACAUCGUUUGGCUACAGCAGCUACUGUUAAGGAUGGGAAAGUGUACCUAAAUCAUUUGGUUGGAAUUGGAUACCCCAAAAAGAAGCAUGCUAUUGUUGAGGCAGUUUUUUAGUAAUUCAUACUACCUACUUUCCAUAUAAAUCUAAACAGCUUUGGUUGAAAUUUGGUGUUACUUUGGAUAUUUGUGUUUGGUUUUGUAGCAUUUAUUGAUAGUUUCUAGAAAUUUAAGCUCCGUUUGGUGGAAAUUUGGUGCAACUGUCAGUUCAUAAAUUUUAUAGUCAUUGUUUCUGUUUCAA